AUGGGAUCAGGUGCAAGCACAAUCCCUAGCAAUCUAGAGGAAGAUGCCAGGCAGUUCUCUCACUUCCCCUCAAAAGAUAUUCAAGAAUGGUCUUCCUCGUUCAAGUCAGAGUAUCCAGAUGGCUGCAUGACACCGGACGAUCUGGAAACAAUCUUCAGGAACUUCUUCCCCUUUGGCUCGCCCACAAACUUCUCAAGAAGGCUUUUCGAAACAAUCAACAUAAGCCAGACUGCAGCUAUUGACUUCCACGAGCUGUUGAUAGCAUACAGCAUCUUGGUCAAGGGAAGCGACCAUGAGAAGUUGCGCUGGAUAUUCAGAUUCUAUGACAAGGACAAUGAUGGCGUUGUCUCAAAAAAGGAGAUGGCAGAAGUCAUCCAGUAUCUUGCAGAUAUGACAUCGCACACCCUUGACGUCUCCAUAGACUCAGAGGGAAUAGUCGAUGAGAUAUUUGCCUCCAUCGACGCCACAAAGAGCUUCCUUACCUUUGAGGACUUCAAGACACUCUCCGUGAGGAACGAAAAACUAUUUAAAAUGCUAGUUCCAUUCUCUAGUUAA